CACUAACUCCCAUGCGGAUCAUUAUGUAUUAAACUGAGUCGUCACAGUAAAUAACCUACGCUGCGUCCGGAAAGUGUUACUUAAGUUCCCUAGAGAUCACCGAAGCGUGCCCUUGCUUCUCCUUGGAUUAAUAUAAAGCGUCACUCUCACCGAUGAUCGCUAAGAAUUCCCACCUAUUUGUGCCGUCUGCCUUUUCUUUUUCUUUUUUCGGGGUGUGUGUUACGGUUAAUUCGAAUGUUCGUCAUUGAUGCUAGUAUCCCUAAAUAUCUGCGUAGUUCGCCCAUCAUUGCCCUCUUAUCGUCUCACGCGAUGUGUAGCAUCCGCAGUGGGGAACAAUCUCACUUGCCAUCCCUUCUCGUGUCUGGUGGUGUCUUUCUGAACAAUUGCUGUCGGCUUUUUCUCAUUGUUCGUUAAAUAAAGUGUAAGUUUAAUGAUGUCCGCGCUAGGAAAGGUCACCUUGGGUGGUCCGCAGGCAGAAAAACAACUGAUAAGAACCCAUGAAGGCAUCACGUGAAGUACCCUCUAGAACCUUAUCUCUUUCUUAGUCACCGUGGAGCGACUGUGUGGAUGUGUUGCUCACAUAGGGGAUAAGAUAUCCUAAUAUAUAUUCAUUUUCUCUUCUAGCAUAUUAUAAUACACAUUUUUAUAUUUGUGCAGUUUGUCAAGUGUGUGGUAUUACAAUUCUAACGGUCAUUCGUGAAAACGUAAUGUCCACGUGAAGGAUGCGUCUACCAACAAGAUGGCUAUUAAGGAGGAAUUAAAGCUCAAGAAUAUUACAGACAUGGGAGGGGGGCAUUUAAAAGAUUAGGGACAGUUUAUGAGAUCUUUUACAGUUGAUGAGCAUGACCUUAUGAAAGUCUUUUGUUGCCAGAAUACUUAGCGCAGUUGUUAUCUUUUAUAUAUCUUUAUUUGAAUUCUGUGUGAGCGCCGCGAAGACACUGUGACUAUUAGCGGCGUACAGACGUGAAGAAAUGGAGAGAGGACAGUAGGAAGGAGUUGGAGACAGGAGAGGAGGGACAUUGGUCUGACCUUGGAAAGCCCAUGACGACGAACCAGGAAACCAUCAGUGCAGGGUCCAAAGACUGACACGUGAUCCGCGGGGUACUUGGACAAACAUCACGUGAUGUCCAACAAAGAAGGUAUUCGUUGAGCCAUUCGACGACACUCUCUCAUCCAACCAAGGGCACCCAGGGGAACUGCGACGCUUGUACACUUCUAUAACAUCGAAUAAGACACCCUGCUCGUACUCCGCUACCUGAGCUGCCCAGGACGUUAAGCCUGAGUAGGUAGAAGCACACAGAGGGACGACAUCAACACAGGAGCACACAGUCUGUGUGCCAAGGCUCAGGCUUUUACAUAAUGGACUUCUACCGCCAGCUUGCCUGCAUAUGCGCCAUCUUGUAGGGUUUCCUUGCUCUGCUGUACGGAAUUUCUCGCUUCAUCUCCAAAGGCAUGGCUUCGACACCUGAAUUUGAUCUCAACAUGGAAAGGUCGUCACAGUGGGAAGACGUCAGGAAGGAAAUGCACGAAGCCAUUGCGGAGGAAGACGAGGCUCGUGUUCUAGAGUGCCUGGAUGCUGCACCUGCUUUGAAACUGUGGUUGGACCCUGUCACAGAUGAGUCAGCUCGUCACAGAGCUGUUCAAAAGAAAUCCAUCCGUAUACAUGGCCUCCUAGUCUCGCGUGGAUGUGGACUCAAGAACACAGAAGUAUCAACGUGUUACCAAGAUGUCACACGCCUUGAACGAGCUGAAAUACGACGGCAACGAUACUACACCAAAGAAUGCAAAGACUCCUACAUCUAUUACUUGAAAAGCAAAUCGAAGAGCCACGUCGGAUGUGAUGACUUCGACGAGCGAUUGGAGAAGAUGUUCAGGGAACUUUCAACCGACCAAUUAAACGAGGAAAUAUUGAAAGUUGUUGCCACAGCACCGCAUCUGGAUAUACUAUUCGACUACAACAGUGAAAACGUCCAGGGGAUCACGGGGUGCAGCGGCAGCGACGUCCGCGGACUUGCUGAUUACGAAAACCAAAUAAUUUCUAUCGGAGGCGGAGCAACGGAAGCCGAAGUCCGGGGCACGUUUAUUCACGAAUCUUGUCAUAUGGCACUUCAUCUGGUGUAUAAAAAUUAUGGCAAGCCAUAUUUCCGCGAAGAUACCGAAAAGGAACAGCGAUACAGAGACAUUCUGGAUGACAUAAAACGAAGAGAAAACGAUGUGGAUAAAUUGAUACGACUAGCUUUCAACACAAGUGAAGAACAAGAAGCGAUUGUUCGUAUCCCACACAUACUAACUGAAUAUGGCAGCGAUCAUGGAAAUAGGGUUCUCGAAAAGGAGGUACCGGAACUACGAAAGUUUUUCGAUGAUACUGUCAUCCCGGACAUGCAGAAAUACAUUCAAAAUGGAUUCCCGUCGAUAGAUGCGACAAUGAUAGAAAAGGUAAACGAGAGACUCAACAAAGCUUUCAACAUUGGCAAACUCAACGUCAAUUUCGAGAACCAACCGAAGAACAGUGUCUGGGAAAACGGGUUGCUUCACGUAGUUACGGGCCCAGAACUGAGGCUUCUCGAAAUAAUGGUUCACAAAGCUGUGCAAUCUACGGGACUUCCAUACAUGUUUUUCGAUGCAAAACAGCUGGACUCCGCACUGGAGGAUGUGUUACAAGACUACAAAUAUGCGUUUGUUCUUGUAACGGUCCAACAAAACAAGAAUGUCCAAAAGAUGAUUCGGCUUUUCAGUGAAGUAUCCUGUGUCACUGGAUCAAAAGUCAUCUUGCUCGUGGAAGACAGCGAUAAAGACUACUUGAUGACACGAGUACAAGCAGAUGCAUUCUUUACGGAGAGGCACGAAGUUCACAGAAUCGACGAAGCAACCUUUGCGCAUGUCACGAAUAGCUGCAAAGAAGGGAUUUUCGAAAAUUCCCACGUAAAACUUCAGGGCCAGGACGUUUCUACGUUUUCGGACGCAACGACUAUAGAUACCUUCAAACGUUGCGUUGACACUGCGGUUUUCCUAAAGCUAUGCGAGUCGAAGAGCAUUGACCUGGGGCCUCCUCUUCAUGAACUAGAAGAACAUGUUAUGAACUAUUACGUGAAAAGAGAGUGUGGAAGAGCCGUGGAAAUUAACUUGAAGGAAUGUAGUCUAGAUGACGACAGUGAGGCAUUCGCACUUCUGGACUGUCCACACAGUCAACUCGCAACACAUCUACCUCACGGUUGUGAGCCAAAAGCCAAGGAGGAAUUAAAGAAGUUCGAGAAAUUUGUGCUCCUCCAAGAGCCAGGUGACUACGAAACUCUACUGGAAACUGCUCAUUUCCGAAACAAAGCAGUGCACCUGCUAACAUUCGACGAAUCUCGUACUAGACUGUUGUGGACGAAAUCAAAUGGUCCUCUCAGUCACCUUCCAAUGGCGGGAAGUGAGUGUUACACUGAGGACGUGUUGUUGAACGUAGAGGAGAAGGUUGUCAUAGUCUCUGGUGCACCAGGUACGGGAAAGAGUACGCUGGCAAAGCGCUUGUGCACAGAAGUAAAAAAUCAAGACAAGAAGCGGUGGGUGAUGUACGUCGACCUUCCUCGGAGAAUUGCAUCGGUUAAAAAUGUGACGCCGGAUCUAACGGAUAUGUGCAAGUAUCUAGCGGAUCUCUGCGAAGUGCACAAAGAUGGUCUAGAGUUCGCUUUGUUCGAGAAAAGUUUGAACACCGGAAGCCCUUUCGAGAUUGUUGUCAUCUUGGAUGCCUUCGAUGAACUGAACGAGAGAUGCCGCAAGUGCAUCUUUGAGCUUACAUCGUUUAUAUCUAAAAAGAAAGCCUACAAGACAUAUAUGUUUACUCGUACUAUAUUUAAGCCCCAUGCGCAAGAUGCUCUGCACACGGUGUCAUAUCAACUCCUUCCUUUUUCUGACAAAAACCAGGCGGAGUUCCAUAGAAAUUAUGAGGAAACUGCUCAUUCAACCAAUGAAAAUGCUGGAAGUUUCGAGCUGUUCCAGCGACUGCACACAUCCAUGAAGGAGAGAAACAAGACCAUCUUUGAAAUGCCCCUCCUUAAUCGUAUGAUGGCUGAGAUGAGAAACGGGGAAAUGACAGAGUCUGGCGAUUACUCUUUGGUACGUGAACGUGCUGAGAUUUAUGAUGAUAGCAACAUAUAUAAUGUACACAUCUACAAGAUGUUUGUAGAGUACAAGCACCUUAUUGUGUACAGAAAAGAAAAAAGAAACGAAAGCAUCCACUUACACGCCGUGCAAGACGCCGAGGACGCCGUUGCGCUUCAGUUUUACAGAAACCAUGGACUCCUCGCUAUGAAGUGUAUGUUCCCUCUGGAAACCUUGGAAUCCUUAUUGAACAAAGAUGAAUUAGAGAAUCUAGAGCCAGAGGGACGUUUAAUGAAGGACGCGGCUAUUAAUAGUUUCAAAGAAGGUUUUCUGAAUGAUCUUAACGACGGAAUUCCAGAAUUCGUUCAUAAUACUUUCGCCGAAUUCUUUGCAGCUGACUUCCUACUGCAAAAGGUGCAAAUAGAACAAAAUUUCGUCAUUAGGGAUAACAUUGUCAAACUCUAUCGUGAAAAACACUACGACGGUGUAAUGCUGUUGUUCGAUGCCCUCGCAUCGAAGUCCCUUCCCCUCCACUCUGCCGUGAUGAACAACAAUGCUUCAUAUGUUGCUUUGUCCAAACACGAUAUUCAAAGAGGAGAAUUGCUUCAAGUUGAUAAGCUCAAAAGGAGUCCAUUACACGUAGGUGCUCUACAUUCUGAUAAAACAACAUUGAAGGAGGUCCCGGUGGAUGAUAAACUAAUCCAGCAUGAUUUGUUUAAUAUGUCACCGUUCGAGUACGUCGAACUCUUUUCCCCGUGGGACAAUAAAUACGCUGGAAAAUGGAGGGUAUGUUUGCGGACUGAGACUUCAGCUGCGAGGGACAGACUCGACAUAUUAUGCGCCGGGUACAUUGGAGAAGCAGUGAAACGAUCUCUCAAAAAUCUUGAGACCUUCACAACCCUCGAGAAAAAGAGAUGCUUUCUAGAGCGAGCAAUAUUCACAGCUGUCAGACACGACCUAAAACACGUUUUAGACGUGUACCUCAGCUAUGUCUCCCCGAGAGAGAGCACAGGAGAACUAGAUAAAGAGACCAUGGACCAAUUAGAAGCACGCGAGAAACGAAGCUUGAGGUGCCCUGCAAUGCUUCAGGUAAUUCGAAAUCUUGAUGAUGUUAACGACGAUGAGAAGAGAACUGUCGCUUUUUACGGAAAAUCCGAGGCUGUUUGCAAAAUGCUCCUUCCUUACUGCGAUAUGCAGAUUCUUGACAAGGAUGGAAACACAAUGUUGCAUAUUUGCGCGAAACAAGGAAAUCUGGAGACAGCAAAGUUUCAUCACGCACAUUCAUCCGUUGACGCUACAAACAAAUACCUUCAAACUCCCUUGCACUUGAGUAGGGAUCCAGAUGUCGUCAAGCUACUUCUUCCUGUUUCUACGUCAGUCAGUGCUCUCGAUUAUGAACAAGAAACUCCGAUGGAUAGAUGUGCCAUGUGGGGCUAUUUGGAGGCGGCAAAAUUGUUACUCCUUCGCACUCGGAUAUAUGAAACAUGUCAAAAUAGGUUGAACACAAUGCUUCAUGUGACUUCUAAGUUUAGUUCCCUUAACGCUGUGGUGUUUCUUCUACCUCACACAAAUGCGCAUAUGCUUAACUACAAAGGAAAAACGUGCUUAGACGUUGCUUGGGAAGGUUGGGAUGUUGUCAAUGAGACGUUCAGAGUUCAGAGUUCAAAGUUGGAUGUUGUGAGGUGUCUUAUCCCACACUCUCUGGUCAACUCAUCUAAAACGUUCGCCUCAUCACCGUUGUACGUUUGGGCGAAAGGUGGUGAAAGGAAAGUGCUGCAAACUCUAUGGCCUUAUUUGCGACACAGUGACCCUAGGCAUGCACAGAGGAUCAAGAAAAAUAGGAUGUAUACGUAUGUGAACGAUGAUUUCCAAGAUGAAAUUUGGUGUUUGAAACUCCUCCUCCUCCAUUUAGAUGUCAUCGCUGGUGAUCACUAUGGCCGUGACCUGAUGUAUGACGUGACCUUACAUAAGCUACGUCAGAUAGCCAAAGCAGAUUACACUAAUUACGGGAACCUGUUACAGCCGCAUUCAAUGUGAUUGAUUCAAUUCAAGAUGUUGUUUUCUAGCCUUCUAUAUGUUACGCUGCAAGCACGAGCAGAUUGAAGUGAAGUCAAGUGUUGUGUCAUGUAUUGGACCCGUCUUAAGUAAAAUUAUAUUGGAGCUAUCGUUCCCUUUGCUGCAGAAUGGGGCAAACAGACUUUUACGGAGCAAAAUAUAUUUGCAAGGCACUCAUACAUUUAUUACAAAUGAGUAAAUGCGGAAGUUCCAGAUUAUUUUGUCAGUUAUGAUUACAGAUUACAGUGCAGUUGUAGAUUACGGAACAUAUUUCUUUGACAUCAUCAAUGUUUGUGUACGAACCAGGCCUGUCUGCAAACGGUAGUGACAAAUUGGAUUUGUGUGCGUGUGAUUUAAUUACUUUAUGUAGUUGCCUUUGAAGUGAUGUGUCCACUUGGAUGUCAUAACGAGAUGCAAAAAGAGUAUAGAAUCCAGUGAACCAGUAAAAAAAUAUGAGGGGAAGUGUCCCAAGAGGAGAGCCGCCGAUAUUUCGAACAGAGACUGUUCUCUUUCUGUUGUUCAUCAUAAUGAACGAGACGCAGAAUUAUUGGCCCGCACACAGCAUGUGAUAUGAGUUGGAUCCUUGUAGCGGCCACAAGGACACAACCUAUAGUGAUAGCCAGCUUGUGAAAGUAAGCACUUAGUUGCUAUUGCAGUUUCUUUUGAGGAUUAUAACUCGUUACGUUUACAGUUACCACAUUAAAGUGACUUAGUUCUCUUGCA